AUGACACUGGUUCCAUUGAUCGAUGACGACGGAAACAACAUCUCUGCCUACGGGGUCCGUGGUGAACUUUGCGUGCGGGGACUCACGAUCACCCCGGGAUACUUUGAGAACCCAAAGGCGAACGCAGAAGCGUUUGAUUCAGAGGGCUGGUUCAAAACGGGCGACAUCGCCUACCGCGACGAAAGUACCCGUAAAUGGUACAUUGUCGACCGGAAGAAAGGGCUGAUCAAGGUGCGCGCCUUUCAGGUCGCACCCCCCGAGCUGGAAGCCGUCUUGCUAUCACACCCACAGAUCAUCGAUGCCGCUGUCAUUGGCGUCACGAUCCCUCGAGCAGACAGCGAGUAUCCACGGGCAUAUGUCGUGCGACGGCCCGGACCAGAAGGCCAGCGGCUGACAAAGGACGAGGUGAAAAAGCAUGUGGCCGACCGGCUGGCCCGGUACAAGGCUCUGACGGGGGGCGUCAAAUUUGUCGAUGCGAUUGCGAAGACUGCCAGUGGGAAGAUCCUCAAGCGCGUGUUGAAAGAGGACAGUAAGAUGGAUUUCGAAGCGGGGUUGCUAAAGGUGAAGCUUUGA